AUGGCGGACAAAAAUUCUGAAACUUUUGACAAAAACUCGGACAAAAAUGACCAAAACGUAGACGGAAAUAAAGAAAAUACUGCUAUGCUUGUAGACGAAGAGCACUGGCAAGCAUGCAGGGAAACAAUUCGUGAAAGAAACAGGUUUAUGUUUAAAAAUUCACUUAUGAGUGAUGUACAUUUUUCGGUCGGCAUAAGCGACGAGACGGCGGAAAGGGAAACACGAAAUGUCCCCGCACAUAAAUAUGUGCUUGCUAUAAGCAGUCCUGUGUUCUUUGCUAUGUUUUACGGCAGACUGGCCGAAACUCAGGACACUGUUGAAAUACCAGACAGUGAUUAUGAAUGUUUCGUAGAAUUCCUGAGGUUUUUGUACUGUGAUGAAGUUAAUUUCACAAUCGAUAUAGUCAUGGGCGUGAACUAUUUGGCUAAGAAAUAUAUAGUUCCGGCUUUGGAAAAAAAAUGCAUUGCUUUUAUAGAAGAAGCUGUAGACGCGAGCAACGUGUUUAAACUGCUUUCCUACGCGAGAAAGUAUAAAGAUGAGUCUGUGGAAAAAAUUUGUUGGGAAUUCUUGGAUAGCGACACUGUCGAGGCUGUCAACUCCGAGUUCUUUUGCCAAGUUGAUAAAGAAGUUAUCCGUGAGUUGCUAACAAGGGACACACUACAUGCCAAAGAGAUUGAAUUAUUUUUAGCCAUCAAAAAAUGGGCUGAAACACAGAAUUUGGAAGGGAAUGAUGAAGCGUCUAAUGAUGAACUCACAAAAGAAAGUGUUAACGAAGUUGUCAAUCUGAUUCGUUAUCCAUUAAUGUCGCAACGAGAGUUUGCUGAACAUGUAGCAAAAUCAAGGUUACUACGUCAUGAAGAUGUUAUAAAUAUGUUCUUGAAGUUCAACGAUACUCUCGAGGAUAAUACAGUUUUACCAUUUUCCCAAGUGCCGAGACGUGGGUACUACCGAUGUUCCCUCUGGGAACAUGUGUACGAUACUCUUGAUAUCGAAACUUGGGAUGUUGACACAAGCCGAAUGCCAAACAGUUUAACAUUCUCAUCUAACUGUAACAUUCUGUUGUGCGGAGUUGGUCUAUAUGGCAGCGACAAUAACAACGACUCGUAUAUGUUUGAAGUUUAUGUUACUGACGAGGAUGACACAGUAUUACUUCAAAGCGAAGGAUCAUUCAGUUGUCAUAGCCAAUGUUUUGCUUAUGAUGUGAUCUUUAAUAAGCCAGUUAAAGUACAUAAGAAUGUAUGGUACACUAUAAUGGCAACUGUGGAUGGUCCAAGAGGAGUAUAUGGUGGUCAGUCGGUUGCCAAGGCAACAGGGCUCGACUUGACCACAGAUGAAAUAAGUUGUGGACCAGUACGAUUUCUGUUCAGGGAUUUAAACGUUGGUGGACGGAUACCUAACAUAUACAAUCAUUACUCCGGCUUGUUAUAUUUCUUACGAUGA